AUGCACUCGCGUCGACCCGAGACUUUGAAGAUUGACAUCUCAAAGUAUAGGGGAGUUGAAGAAGACUCCCUCUUGAGAUGGUUCGUCGAAUUGGAUGACGCCAUAAGGGCGCGUCGCAUCGACGACGGGGAUAUGCAAGUUGCAUUUGCCCAGUCAAAUCUGGCAGGACGUGCCAAGACUUGGGCACUGGGGCUCAAGCUGCACGACCCAUAUGCGUUUGGGUCGUUGGAAGUCUUCAAGUCGCGGCUCAGACAAACGUUUGAACCGCCUAGAGCUAAGUUCAGAGCUCGAACUGAAAUCUUGAAGCUCAAGCAGGGUAAGCGUGAUGUGCACGCUUACGCUCAACAUAUACGACAUCUCACGAGUUGUAUAAGUUCCAAUCCAGUGGAUGAACAAACGUUGGUUUCGGUGUUCAUGCAGGGUCUUGCGGAUGGUCCCGUCAAGACUCACCUGUUCCGGCUUGAACUAGAUUCACUAGAACAAGCCAUUUCCAUUGCGGAGCAGGAAGACUUCAGUCUGAGACAGGCUCGCGCCAGCUCGACAUCAUAUCGUCAACCGAGACGAUAUGACAACGGAGGCCCAGAGCCGAUGGAACUCUGUUAUGUAGAGAGCGAGAAGGUUCGCUCUACAGGCUACAAGAAGUUGCAGAGAUGCAACAGAUGUCAGAAGACAGGACACUACGCUUACGAGUGUAGUGCCCCUCGUCCAGUGUCUCGCGACACUGGGCGUAGUGACCGUCCACCCAUGAGAAAGGGGCAGGGACGAGGGUCCGCAGUUGGUGCAAAGACGCAACAACGGGAUGGACCGUCAAAAAACGGACAGGAUCAGUAG